AUGAGAGCACUAACCGAUCCAUGGUUCUCAGACUUUCUAUUACGUAUCGGUGAUGGAGUUGAAGACACGGUGCACGGAAACUUUAUUCGCAUCCCUGAUGAUAUGGUAAUUCCCUUCACUAAAAAAGAAAAGUCAUUGCAUGCUUUGAUUGAUGCAAUCUUUCCAUCCUUUGAAAUUAAUAGAUCUGAACCAGAUUAUAUAAUUUCGCAUGCAAUAUUAUCCACAAGAAAUGAUAGUGUCGAUGAGAUUAAUGAUUAUUUGAUCGGCCGAUUCCAUGGAGAAGAGCAAAUUUACUAUAGUUUUGAUGAAGCCGUGGACGAUAUAAAUAACUUCUAUCCUGUGGUAUUCUUGAACACGCUCAGUGUUAGUGGUUUGCCCCCUCAUUACUUAAGACUGAAAGUUGGAUGCCCGAUAAUACUGUUACGGAAUCUCGACCCGUCAAAUGGAUUAUGUAACGGCACCCGAUUGAUAUGUAAAAGUUUUCAGCACAAUGUCAUUGAUGUCGAAAUAGCUGUUGGUCAACAUGCUGGAAAGAGGGGACAAACAAUUCCAAAUGUAGGAAUUUAUCUUCCAGAAUCGGUUUUCUCGCAUGGCCAACUUUAUAUGGCAUUAUCCAAGGGGAUAUCACGUGCCACUACAAAAGUAUUGGUGAAACCCGAUGAACAAUUCAACGGAACUGAAGUCUAUACGUCAAAUGUCGUGUAUAAAGAAGUAUUGCAUGAUAAAUAA